GGUUGUGAAAAUGCUUAAGAAAGCCACCUCCGACUCGUAUCGUCUUCUUCUUGCUCCGGCGACGUCAAUAACCAGAACAGAGAUCGAACGUAUCACAAAGAUCAUCAGUGAUCACCCCUUCCCAAAUCAUCCGAUCCAACCCACUCUCGCCAAGCACGUCCCUCUAUCAUCACUAUCACCGCCCCUUGUCUCCGAAGUCCUCGGCCGUCUCUUCGCCGCUCACUCCAACGGCCUCAAAGCUCUCGAGUUCUUCAAGUACUCCCUCAAAACCCCCGAAUCAUCUCCCCCGACCUCCGACUCCUUCGAGAAAACGCUCCACAUUCUAGCUCGGAUGCGUUACUUCGACCAAGCUUGGGCUCUAAUGGCGGAAAUGCGAAAGGAGUAUCCUUUCCUGCUGACAUCCAAGUCGAUGAGCAUCCUUCUCUGUAAAGUCGCGAAAUUUGGAUCAUACGAGGAGACAUUAUCAGCUUUCAAGAGGAUGGAGAAGGAGAUUUUUAGAAAGAAGUUCGGCGUCGAUGAGUUCAAUGUCCUUCUCCGAGCGUUCUGCACGGAGAGGGAGAUGAAGGAGGCGAGAUCGGUUUUCGAGAAGUUGCAUUCGAGGUUUAACCCCGAUGUGAAGACGAUGAACAUUCUUCUCCUAGGGUUUAAGGAAGCUGGUGACGUCACCGCGACGGAGCUCUUUUAUCAUGAGAUGGUGAAACGUGGAUUCGAGCCUAACUCCGUUACUUACGGCGUUAGGAUCGAUGGGUUCUGUAAAAAACGGAACUUUGGGGAAGCGUUGAGGCUCUUUGAAGAGAUGGGUCGUGGGAAGGUUGAAGUUACGUUGCAGAUAGUCACUACGUUGAUCCAUGGAGCUGGUGUGGUGAGAAACAAGAUGAAAGCACGCCAACUGUUCGAUGAAAUUCCUGAGAGAGGGUUAAGGCAUGAUUGUGGAGCUUAUAACGCUUUGAUGAGUACUCUCAUGAGAUGUGGAGACGUGAGUGGUGCGAUGGUGUUGAUGAAGGAGAUGGAAGAGAAGGGCGUUGAGCCUGACAGUGUAACGUUCCACUCUGUGUUUAUCGGAAUGAUGAAAUCUAAAGAGUUUGGAUUUGAUGGGGUGUGUGAGCUUUACCAGAAAAUGAAGGGAAGAUCUCUGGUUCCGAAAACACCAACGGUGGUUAUGCUUAUGAAGCUGUUCUGCCAGAACGGUGAAGUUAAUUUAGGACUAGACCUGUGGAAGUAUAUGCUGGAGAAAGGGUAUUGCCCUCACGGCCACGCAUUGGAACUCCUUACCACUGCACUGUGUGCAAGAAGAAGAGCUGAUGAUGCAUUUGAGUGCUCGAGGCAGACGGUGGAGAGAGGAAGGUGCGUGAGCGAACCAGUCCUUAGAAUGUUAGAGACAUCCUUAUCAAGCAAAGGCGAAUUGGAGAAACUAGAGGAACUCAAGAGUAAGAUGCAGAAGCUGCAUAGCUUUUUGCCGCCUCCUGGAACACAGUUAAUUUAGAAGGUAACUUUUGUGUGAUCAGUUCUUGUUUGCAAACAGCGACAGUGAGUGAUUAGUGUAUGUUAAGUUGUAUUGUAUACAAUAUUCUACAGAAUAUUGCAAACAAUGUAGUAAUUUUUAAUAGAAGAUCAAACUU